AGGACGAUUGUUUUUUAAAAAAAAAGCAGAAAAAUGCAAAAACAAGCGUGAAGCGACGCCACCGCCGCCGCCGGGAGUCUCAAUUCCAAAGCAAAUCUGAGCAAAUCCGACCACCCAAUCCACUCGCUGCCACAAGUGAAUCGCCGGAUUCAAGCCGGCCGACGCAUCCCAAACCACGGCUCCGACUCCCUUUAUCCGUCUGGCGUGCAUCUGAAUCAGCUGCUCGCACUGCUCAACGCUUCGCCUCUGCCUGGAAAGCUCCAUUCCGAACUCCGCCGGAACAUGUCACUAUGCGUGUUCCACCCGCCAAUUCUCUCAAGGUGUGAUUGUUGCUAGCCAUAAUGGACUCUCAUCUGCCCUUUGAAGUUGGUCAAACUGCUGAAGCAAAAUCUUUCAAGCAGGGAUUUCGCGGUGCAUGGUUUCGUUGCAAGAUAAAGGAGAUAAAGAAAAGGAUAGGACAUUGGAAUGCAUUGUUGGAGUAUUAUGAUUUUCCUGAUGAAAAGUUAACAUGGAUGCGGCUGUAUCAAUAUCCCCUAUAUCGUGUUGGAAAAUCAAAGCAAGCUGAAAGGCAAUUGAUGUUGCGGCCUUCAUAUCCACCAAUCUACUCUGGAAAUGAAGUAUCUGAUGAGAGUUCAGUACCUGAAGUGAGAGUAAUUAUUCAAGGCAAGUGGAAGGUGGGGGAUUUGGUGGAUUGGUGGUCCAGUGGCUGUUUCUGGUCUGGAAAACUGACCAAGUUACUUGCCAAUGCACAAGCUCAAAUUGAGUUGAUUCCACCUCCCGUCGGUGAAGGUACAACUUAUGACGUGUUUGUCAAAGAUUUACGCCCAUCUUUAGAUUGGUCUCCAGAGCUUGGUUGGAAUUUGCCUUCACCUGAUGGUGAUGCGGUCUGUUCAUGUGCUCAGCUUAUCCAAGCUACUAAUAUAGAGAUACAACACGAUGAAGAUGAGAUGCCUAUGGAUCUUGGUGGACAUGGUGAUGCACACAAAGGGCAUGACACAGAAAAGGAGUCGAGAAGUACAUCAGGGUCGAAUACACACAUUUAUGAGGAUUCUGGUAACAAAGAAAGCAGUGAUGAAGCCACUGAAGUUGAUGGUCAACCCGAUGAAGACCUGUAUUAUGCAAAGUGUCCAUUGAAGAAGUUCAGAACCGGUGAAGGGGAACGUCUAAAUUCCACUGGGUCAGACACUUUGGAAGCAGCUAUUAUGGAUUUGGAAGAAAUGAGAAACAAGAUUAAGUGGCUUAAACAGAUGUUGGAAUCUGGAGAUCCUCGAUCGAAUCCUCACAACUCAUGGGAGUUUGUGGAACACUUUGCAUCAUCUACUCAUAAAUGAAUGGUUUCAUAUAGGAGUGAGCGUGAUAUGGUACAAGGCAAGACUUACUUCGUACAGGUACCUUACCAAACAUUUCUGUUCAGUAUGAGAUUUUAUAUCAUCUUGAAAUAUCCGUUCGUCUAUCUCAAUUUCGGUACAAAUUAGGAUAAAUACUUAUGUAUCCAUCCACUUUACAUACAACAUGAAUAUUACAAUAUGUCUUAUAUUUUUAAUUUGGUGUGGUGGAUGGUUAAGACACAUUAUUUAAGAAAGGAUGGACUCUAGC